AUGCGCCUGUACUGUUGCGAUGCUGCUUCAGCGGAAACCGAGGCUACCACCACGCAAGCGGCUAGCACGCACCGUGCUCAGCCUGUGCAUCUCGACAUCCCAAGCUACAGGCACCUGAGGGCCGCAGAGACGGCCGCUGCGAAAGUCGAAGAUGAAGAGGAGGAGCGGAUGUUUGAGCAUCUGACGAAGCUGCUGCAUCCCACAGGAGCUUCCCGUCCGAGGUUUGUGGGUAAAGUGACUGAGCAAGACGGAACGUUCACCGUGCCCUACGUGAACUUCCUCCUGAAGAAGGAGAACAAGGAUGUACGGCUCAAGCUUUUCGAGGACCACGCUAAGUGGGACGAAGAAGGUAAAGAGUUGAUCAAGGCACUUGGGAAAACGGAGGAGGGGGUCAGACUGUUCCGCAAGUACGAAAAAUUUAUUGGGCUAAACAGACGCAAAGUAAAUGGCCAAGAGCGACACAAGCCCCCACGUACGGAAUGCACUGCUUCCAAACGUAGAAUUUUUCAUCCCGGCGACAAAGAAUUGUGUAAGACCGCUGUAAAUGUACUUCAACGGGUGUUUGGCAGCGUGUUGCCUCCAGCUCUGAACGCGAGUGUGAUGACGCAGUAUGGGGAGAUGACAACCGGCACGAGUGGCCGUGAUAUAGCCAAGAUGAUGAUAUACUGCCAUGCGAAGGACGAAGUUCGUCGUGACAAUGAAGCUCGUGGGCCGAGCUGUGGAAGAGAAGGUGAAGGAGUGUAA